AUUUUACAUUGAUAUAUCAAACGUAGGAGGCUUCACAUUUUUCAUGUUUUCUUUUCGUGAACCAUACCCGGAGGAAAACCUGUCUGACAGAUCUCGACAACAUAACAUAGAACAGAAAGAGAAAUGGCAACUAAGAAACCAAAACGCCUACAACCCGAUCCAAAGACCAGCUACAAACCUCCUGGUUGUAUAGAUGCUACUAGACUCGGCGUACAGAAGAAGAAUAUGAAAGAUAUGCCGUACAUCCUGGCUGCUGCUAUCGACUUUGGGACAACCUUCUCUGGGUAUGCGUUUUCGACACAAUUUGAAUAUAAACUAUCACCAUUGAAAGUAUCCAAUAUGACCUGGACUGCUGGAUCCGGCAAUCUCCUCUCUCUGAAGACGUCCACGUGCAUUCUGUUUAAACCGGAUGGUAGUUUCCAUUCAUUUGGAUUCGAUGCAGAAGAUAAAUACGCUGAUCUGCUUGAAACACAGAAACAUGGGUCCUGGUAUUUUUUUCGACGAUUCAAAAUGAGUCUUUACGAACAGCAGAACAUUUCCCGAACUAUGAAGAUAAGAGAUCAGAAUGGAAGAGAGAUGCUGGCGAUGAAGGUGUUUUCUAGCUCUAUCCAAUUUCUGAAAGAACAUUUAUUGGCAAAAUGUCAAGAGAGAGGUACACAGGUCUUGAUGUCGGAUAUCCGUUGGGUACUGACGAUGCCAGCUAUCUGGAGCGAUAAGGCCAAGCAGUUCAUGAGGGAGUCUGCUGAAAAGGCAGGAAUACCUGGUGCACAACUUGUGAUGGCACUGGAGGCUGAGGCCGCCGCACUGUACUGCAAAUACCUCCCAGUCAGCGAUCUGGCUGUCGGACAGGAAGGCAACGUGUCAAUCUUCAAACCAGGGGCCAAAUACAUGGUACUGGAUAUGGGAGGAGGAACCGUCGACAUUACAGUUCACAAGGUCGAAGAAGGACUGCAAUUAAAAGAGGUUCAUAUGGCUAAUGGCGGUGAUUGGGGUGGAACUAUGGUUGACACAGAAUUCGAAAAUCUGCUGGCCAACAUUUUGGGACAGGAUGUUUUUGACAAAUUCAAACGGCAACAUGUUUCAGACCUUUUGGAACUUCAACGGAGUUUCGAGACGAAAAAGAGAUGUAUUCAUUCUGCGUCUGACUCUAAAAUAACUUUCACCCUUCCCUGUAGUUUACUUGACAUCUUUGAGGAGAGCAAUAAGGGAAAAUCUGUAGAAGACCAUGUUGCACACGAUAAAGACUACGCCAAUAAUCUGACAUGGAAAAACGAUAAGCUACGUAUGAAGUCUGAGAUUGCCAGAAAAUUAUUUGAGCCAUCCGUCCGAAAAAUCAUAGACCAUGUCACGGACCUGUUGAAAAAGUCGGAAGUAGAGGACAUCGACGCGAUCAUCCUGGUUGGUGGAUUUUCCGAAUGUCCAAUUCUACAUGAUGAAAUAUCCAGAAGGUUUUCUAACAAGAGGCUCGUGAUCCCAAACCAAGCUGGUUUGGCUGUACUGAUAGGCGCUGUCAUUAAUGGACAUGAGCUUGAAGCAGUAACCGAAAGGAUCAGCCGAUUCACCUAUGGUGUUGGAGCGAAUGUCGCCUUCAUACUAGGGUUACAUGAUCCGCUAUUAAUGUUUUUAGACCAUGAUGAUGGACUCCCACGCUGCUCGAAUGGUUUUUCUGUGCACGUGCGGGCUGGUGAAACAGUUCCGGUCGGUCUAAGCUGCGAACCACGACGUUACGUGGUAGUCGCAAAAGAUCAAAAGCAGCUCCCAGUUCAACUUUACACCACGAAAGAUCCUGACCCGAUAUAUGUGUUUGAAGAGGGGGUAACAAGUAUCGGGGAUUUGAUAGUUGAAAUGCCUGAUACCACAAAGGGUUUGAAUCGUGGAGUGGAUGUUGUUUUUACGUUUGGUGGUGCGGAGAUUGAAGUAAAAGCGAUUGAUAUGCACACACAAAAAGAAAACAGUGCAUAUUUUAACUUCCUUGGAUAGAUAACACGACAUUUGUUUUGGAGGCGCAUUUGUGAAUAUCCCAACAAUAUCUGAGGAGUAGAAAAACAACCUUUAUUGAUAUACAACUUAGCUACUAUAAAGUUAUGUGACGGUAUACCACCCUUCCGUUGCCGUUGGAAGGUAGUUUGAUGAUACCAAAGAGAGGUUUUCAUCAAGUGUUGUAAUCAUUAUUGCUGCAAUAUGACAGCACCUUUUUAUUUCUGUUUACUUCCUCUUGGACACAUCGUUAUUACAAUCCGCCCAGUCAAAAGAUUGCACGAAAUGAAUGAUAUGUAAUAUCUUUUAAAACAAAUGGAGAGUUACUGUAUAGUUGGUAAUAUUCGAUGAGGAUUAAAUUUCGUUGUACUCGCGGUCAUUAGAUAUAGCGAAGAAAUAAAUACCCAGUGAGUAUUUACAUAUUCAACAAAUGUAUCGUGUUUAUUGCAAAAAAUGUACAGUGCGCGGUUGUGCAAAAUUCGAUACGCACAAAAUAUGACUGACUUGGAGAACCUGCGAAAUAUUAGCCCAGAGAAAUUCAACAACUAUUUAUAAGACAGUAGCCAAAAAUAACUGCGCAUAGGUCCAUUCAGUCUUCAAUGACUCGACAGUGACUCUAGGGAAGUCGACUAAAAUACUAAAAAUACCGAAAUAGGCCGAAACAAAUACCAAAGUCUUGAUACGGAGGGGCUAAAGACUCAUACCGCUGUAUAUUUUAUAAUUUACAAUUUUAGAUUUGCAUUAUUUGUAAUAUUUAAUUUACAUUAUUAACAGUGUUUAGUACAAUAACAUGUCUAUUUUCUAAACCGUGUAACCAUUCUAAUAGUUUAAGUCGUGAAGAAAAAGUAUGAUUCGGGGAUUAAAAAGUCCACCAGCAAUAUUUACCUGUAAACCUUUUUUUAUAUAUUUGCUCAUUCAACUUCAACUUAGACAGAAUAAGAAUUUACAUUUUUCUGAGGAAUUGUGUUUUUCUCCUCAACAAGAAUAUCAAAAUAAAUUGUAUUGGUUUUAUGUUUUUACAAUGCGAGAAAGCGAAAAAUAUCUGAGUUUGGUCAUUGAGACGUGCCAUAUAAAGUACCACAAACAAUUAUAUUUGUGUACAUUUUGUAUAUUCUUAGGUACCUCCACGUGUUAUGAUUUAUUUGAUAUUUUCUUUUCUGCUUCUAUACGUAUCGACAGUGUCCAUUUAAGUGUCUUUUAAAAUAAAUUAUAGUUAUGAA